CUGUGUCUGACAAAAUGAUGCGCUCAGUUGAAUGUGAAUCGCAGACGCAAACGGACGUAUUUAGAGCGCGUGCGUGGCAGUAGAAAAUCAGCGCAGUAUCAGAAAGUUUUUACUAAGAUUCAAUAAAAAGUGACACACGCGCUGUAAAACAAAAAAAGAAAAACAACAAGUUGACGACAAGCUAUUUUAUCGAAACCUAAUAAUAAUAACAGCAACUGAUAAAGAACGCCACAAAAAAGUAUCUCAACUACAAGAAUUCUCGUGUAUCGCGUAUCUCGUAGUGCAAAAAAACUCGUUUUAACAAAAACAUUUCAGCAAAUUGCAGGCCAAUUAAAAAGUAUAAAUAAAUAACAAGAAUAAGAGGAAAACUCAAGUGCAGGAAAAACAUUUUAAGGGCUGUUGAGCAAGUGCGCGAGUGCUUAAGAUUUUUUUUUUCAUUUAUUGAAAUUGUGUACGGUGUGUGCUUAAGUUGCACUUGAUAGUGUACAGUCAGGGUCAUACAUAUUUAUAUAGAGAGAUCUAGUUGGUAGUGGACAGUGGACUCUUGACGCUCCAGCAAUUGCCAUAGAUCAAUUAUGACAGCGGAGACACUUAAACCGUUUAUAACGCCGACGAGUGCCGUUAACAAUUUUCCGGCCAAGCAUUCGGAUGCAACUCACUCGAAACUGAAGAUUAGAUAUAUCUUACCGAUUGUCUUGAUUAUCUUAGCCGCAGCUCUAGUUAUUGGCAUCUUAAGCUUAACUAUAUGGCAGACGGUGCGGGUUCAAAAACUGGAGUCGGAUCUAAAUAAACUAAAUAGGGAUAUGGAAAGUCUGAAACAGCGAUUGGGCAUACACUAUCUGGAUGAUAUGGCCGAAUUUCAAAAAGAGUACACAAAUAUGAUCAUUGAAAAUCCCAACGAGGUUGAUGAACUAGAAGGCGUCGAUGAAGAUGACGAUGAUACGGAUGAUGAUGAUUAUGAUAAUGAUAAUGAUAAUAAUGAUGAUAUCGAUUAUGGUAAAGAGGAUGAUGAUGAUUAUAGUGAAUCGACUGAUUCGCAUCUCGGAGCUAAGGAAACUAACUGGGACGAUUAUUUAGAAUUGAUCAAAAAGGAAAAGAAUGACAACCAGAGCAAUGAAACUGAAUCUCCUGCUUCCACCUCAGAAGAUAAUGUCUUUGACGAUUUCACCAGCUACAGUGAUGCGAAAAAGAAAAAGGAACGAAAAUCUCGAUCCAUUGCCGAUAUGCGCAAUGAGCUUCAGAGUAUCGAUAUGGCACAGAAUCAGAGCCAGGCUAAAACAGAGCAACACUUGAAGAAGAGUGACGCCACAACUGAGAGUCAAACGCCGCAUCACCAUUCACACAAAUCGCAUUCACGCUCUCGUCAGAGUCGUCGACGACUUUUGGUGCGAAAAGGCGAAUCUCCUGUUUCAGCGAAAUCCGCCGAAUUAAAUGCUGGCAAUAAGCGGAACGUUGGCAACUCUGGCACGCCGGCUGCACACUUUCAUCUGAAUCGCAUGGUUCCUCAUCCUCGUCACGGUGAUAUGUAUGUGGGGCAUGCAACCGCCAGCAUGGGCAACCAGUGGGAGCAACACUUCAGUGUCAACGACGGCGUUCUGACUGUACACAAAGCGGGUCUUUAUUAUGUCUAUGCCCAGAUAUGUUACAAUGAUGCCCACGAUCAGAAUGGUUUCAUCAUCUACCACGGUGACAAUCAAUUCUUGCAGUGCCUCAAUACGGUGCCGACGAACAUACCACUCAAGGUGCACACCUGCCACACCAGCGGACUCAUCCAGCUGCGGGAUAACGAACAAAUCCAUCUGCGCGACAUUCAUCAAGAUCGCAAUGUCGUCCUCAGGGAUUUCAACAAUCGCAGCUACUUUGGCAUCAUCAAGAUCUGAAGGAAAAGUGAGGGGAGUCUGUCCCUGGGACAGCGAUCAGUUCAAGCUUUAGUAGUCAUCGACUACUCGUGAAUACGAAUACGAA